UUCACCGUCUGGAAGAAAGAUUCAGCACCACAGCUUUCAUAUCCAUCUCAAGUUUCUACAGACAUUCAAGUCAUAAGUCCGUGAGCAAGAUGCAUGCGAUCAACUCUCUCCUGACACUCUUCGUGGCAGCCUCAGUGGCUUCCCCUUUGGCAAUCAAAGACAAUAAAGCGCUUGAAACCCGCGAAGCAGAAGCAUAUGCCAGCUUCGAAGCGUCGAACCCCCUCUCCAAACGGGCAAUCAACCCAGACACCGUCAAUGCCCUGACGACCCAGCAACUCAAUGACCAGCGUACGGCAUUGUUGCUCGCGCAGUCCGAGACUGCUCGGGAAGCCAUCUUGUUCCCUCAUGUUCCAGACGCCCAGAACGGCACAUUCCAGUUUAUCAACAACACUGUCAAGCCACCUACCGGGGGAACAAUCUUUCUAUCCACCAUCAACAAUUUCCCUGCCCUCGGAUCCACUGGUCUUGCACAGGCUGUUGGCUUUGUCAAUCCUUGCGGGCUCAACACGCCUCACUGGCACCCACGCGCAAACGAGUUUCUGACCGUCGUUCAGGGCUCGCUUGUCGGUGCACUCAUCCUUGAGAACGACAGCGGGCCUGGAAACGUCGUCGGCGGGCCCGCACCUCACGUUGGCCCUUCUCUUCAGAUCAACACUACCCUUUCCAAUUACACGGGCAUGUUGUUCCCCCGAGGUCUCGUUCAUUGGCAGUUCAACCCGGAGUGCGAGCCCGCUGUUUUUGUUGCUGGGUUUGAUACCCCCGAUCCGGGAAGAGUUGAAGCAGCGCUCGGGUUCUUCUCCGCUGAGCCUGAUGAGGUGAUCGAGGCGUCUACUGGGUAUUCUGAGUUCUUGACCCCCGCUCAGAUCAAGGGACUGAGACCUACGCUCGCGAGCUCUUUCACUAGCAUUGUUGAGUCUUGUGCCAAGAAAUGUGGGAUCCCCUUUGAAUGAGAGAUGACGGGUUGAUGUGAUCACUCGGCCUGGAAGACGUGAUGGCCUUGGGUGUGCUUCGGGUCAGAGACACACUCUGUUCCUUAUUGAAAUUUCACAUUUAGUCGAUCCUUACAAUGUCUUUACCUGCGUUUGCCCCAAUGUCAACCUCGCC